UCUCUCUCUUUCUCUCUUUCUUUCCCUUUCUUUCCCUUUCUUUCUUUUUAAACUCUAUCUAUUCAUUUACCUUGUUCAUACUAUUAUUUUAACUAAUAUCUAACAUUUUAUUUUAUCCCAUUGUAUAUCAUUAUUUUCAGUUUAUCAUGAUUUCCAUUCUUAUUUUUGUUUAAAUUGAAGCUUGAAUUUAUUUAUUUUCAAGACUCAAUUAUAUUUUAAACAAAAAACAAACUAAAGAGAGAAAAAAAAAAAGAGAGAAACAACCCAUGACUCACACUACCAUGUCCGCAGUUGCGCAGUCCAAUGAUAACACAAUUGCUCAUCCUCAACUCAUUUCAUUUCUGAUGAACCAAGCCCUUCAGACUCAACUUGGCAAACAACAACAACAAAAAUCAUAUGUCAGUGCACUUGUUGAUGUUACAGUCCAAGUGAUUGCUUCUAUUUGGCCUAAUUCUAUCAGUUCCCCUCAUGCUGGCAAUCACAAACCUAUUGCCGACUUGAAUACAUUUCUUCAUCAUAUCCUCAAGCAUUCUCGUACCACACAUUCAACCCUUCAGCUUGCUAUCUUUUAUCUUUUUCGUAUUCGCUCACGUGUCCAAGAAAAGAAGAAUGACGAUGCCUAUGUCUCUUGUGGAAGACGCAUGUUCCUUGCUGCCCUUAUCUCAGCCCACAAAUACCUUCAAGACAAGACAUACAAAAACUCUGCUUGGUCUAAAGUCAGUGGAUUAAAUGUACAAGAAAUCAACCAUGCUGAAAAAGUCAUGUUACAACUCUUGGAUUAUCGUCUGUUUGUAAACAAAAAUACCUAUGAUCAAUGGAUCCUUAUGCUACAGACACAUCUCAAAGUCAAUUCUUUCACUUUUUAUGGUCAUGAACAUCAAGUUCAGAUUCAGAAACAACAGCAACAACAGCAACAAGAGAAAUUAAACUUGUUGAAAAAAGCACAACAAAGUUUACCUUCCCCUCCUUUAGAUGAUGCUUCUUAUUUACCUGAAUCUCCUAAAAAGAGAAAACAUUGUUUUUCUGAUGAAAAGCAAAUCAAGAAAACUUGUCUUUAAUCUAAUUUCAUUUUGUGUAUAUUCUUUCUUUUCUCUCUCUCUCUUUUUUUUUUGUAUAUUUUCAUAUCGCAUUUUUCACU